UGGCAUCAUUAAACCGUUAACCGUCGAACAGUCUACAUCAUAGAGUGGUACGGAACGUGUGGACUAGUGAUCAAUACAUUCAUCCAUCCCCUCGAUUAAAAAACGGGAUCAGUUCUCGCCCAAUUAACUCGAGUCGCGUGCUACACGAUCUGGGAAAACGGUUUUCCAUUCCCAUCCAUCGAAGGAUAAACGCAGCAGCAUGAAGUUGAUGCGCACAGCGACAUCGCUGGCUUUGGUCGUGCUUCUGGCCACCAGCUACGUCCGGGCUGAGGACGAGAAGGCAGCAGCUCCCGCCGCCGAGAAGAAGGCUGAGCCCGAGGCCAAGGCUGCCGAGGCAGCGGCCAGCGAGGACACCACCAAGUCAAAGCGAGGACUUCACCAUUAUGAGGACUAUCAUCACCACCAUGUGCCCCACUUCCCGGUUCACGAAGAGAAAACUCUGACCGUGAUCAAGAAGGUGCCCGUGCCUGUGCCCAUUGAGAAGAUCGUGCACGUGCCCGUUGAGAAGCACAUCCAUGUGCCCGUUAAGGUUAAGGUGCCAAAGCCCUAUCCAGUCAUCAAGCACAUUCCCUAUGAAGUUAAGGAGAUUGUAAAGGUUCCCUACGAGGUCCCAGCACCCUAUCCAGUAGAGAAGCAGGUCCAUGUGCCCGUCCAUGUGCACUACGAUCGCCCAGUGCCCGUUAAGGUUCAUGUGCCCGCUCCUUACCCAGUCGAAAAGAAGGUUCAUGUUCCAGUGAAGGUUCAUGUGCCAGCUCCUUAUCCCGUCGAGAAGGUUGUCCACUACAAUGUGGAGAAGCAUGUGCAUGUUGACAAGCCAUAUCCCGUUGAGAAGGUGGUCCACUACCCCGUGAAGGUGCCCGUCGACAAGCCAGUGCCACACUACAUUGACAAACCAGUGCCCCACUAUGUUGACAAGCCAGUGCCAGUGCCCGUGAUCAAGAAGGUGCCAGUGCCCGUCCAUGUGCCCUAUGAUCGCCCAGUGCCCGUCCAUGUUGAGAAGCCAGUGCCCUAUGAGGUCAAGGUCCAUGUGCCCGCUCCAUACCCCGUGAUUAAGGAAGUGCCCGUGAAGGUUGAGAAACACGUUCCGUACCCGGUCAAGAUCCCCGUGGAGAAGCCCGUCCAUGUUCACAUCGAGAAACACGUGCCGGAGUACCAUGAGAAACACGUCACCUACAAGGAGCCCGAGUUCCACCACAAGCAUAUCGAGGAGGACCAUCACCACGCCCCCAUCCAUCAUCAUCACUCGCAUCCCAUCGUGGAGCAUGAGCACGAGGUGGAGCAUGAUUUUGCCUCUCAUGAUUAUCAUUCAUAUCACGGCUACUAAACUGCUGACUCUCGACCUCUUCUCUCUUUCUCUCCUCUUCUUUCGCUUUUCUUUACAGCAUUGAGAAUGAACUGGGAUGGCAAGCAAAAAACUCUUCCAUUUCCACAAUUUCCCAAAAUCAGUUGAACAAAAGAAUCCGAAACAUAACCCGCAAACAUAUAUCACUACAUUCCAUAACAUAUCACUUUUCCCAUAGACAAAACACUUUGCUAUGCAGACCGUGAUAACCGACAGAGAUUCAGAGAAAAACAGACGAGUAACCGACGAACUUAGCUUUUAGACCGAACUCUCUUCUAGCCGUAAGCCAUAAACAAAAAAACAAAAAACAUAAACAUAAAACACAAAACACAAGGAUACCUUGAAACGUUGACGAAACCCGUGAGCACUGUGAAUGAGUGGAUUGUAAAGGAAUUUUAGUUUAAGACUUCUAAGCGACACAUUUGGGCCGCACAGCCCACACAACAAAUAACAUCAACAUCAACUAGAACACCAACCCACUUCCCGACCCUCCAAGACACUCGAUCGAAGACACAGACACAGUUGCCAGAUCCAGGAUUUUAAAGGAUACUACUACGACUGGUACUGCUAAUGACGAUGUGGACUUCUUGGAUGGCCUCUGGAAGCGACACCACCUUGGGUGCAUCAUCGAUGUGGUUGCUGCUGCUGUUUUGUCCUCCAGCCGCGGCUCCUCCCUCUUCUGCUCUGGUCCACCCCGACUCGUGCACCCGUUCCGGUUCCCAAGUGAGAUGGAUGCAAUCCCACAAUCCUUAAUUGGAUCUCAGGAUCACAAUCCAUCCAGUUGUGUGCAGCGUCCCAGCGUUGUGAGCGUGUGAUAAGACUUUCUGAUAGCGUUUAAGCUUGUGCGAUAUUCGAGAUAUAGGGAGACGCCUAUUUAAGUCAGUUUGUAAACGAACGUAUUGUAUUAGUUUUUUAUAAUAUUCUUCGCUACCUAGUUUUUAAUACGUCUAUGUAAUUUUGCUUGUUCGCAUAUAAGCAGAUGAAACGGAUUUAUAAAAAGUACUUAAUUUACCAAAUAUUUUUGACUCUGUAGAAAAACAAACAAAAAAAAUCUCAUACAAAAUGAAGCUGAUGAAUGAAACACAUUUAAAUAAAUGAAAAACCAAGUGAUCAAA